AUGCCUGUUUUCACUGAAUCCACCGCCUCCACGCGUGAGCUUCGUGUUCUACCCUCUUUUGCCCCGCCACUCCCCCGCCUGAAUGCCCCUUUCUCUCACCAACAAAACCCGGAUAGGUAUGAAGUAGUUAUCGUCGGCGCCGGACCCGCCGGGCUCAUGUUAAACCUUCUGCUCGCCCGAUACGGCCUCAGCGACGAGUCACUUCUCUGCGUUGACGCCAAACCAGGCACCCUGAAAUCCGGCCAGGCGGACGGCCUGCAGCCGCGCACCCUAGAGGUCUUCAAGAGCCUGGGACUCGCGGACGAGAUCCUCACUGACGGCUGCCACAUGGAGGAAGUGGCCUUCUGGAACCCGUCCGCCAACCCGGACGAGAUCAUCGAGCGCACAGCCAUCGUGCCCGAUGUCGCCGUGCCGGCGCGCUAUCGCCACGAGGUCACCAUCCACCAGGGUCGCAUCGAGCGCAUCCUCGAGACCGACCUACUACGGUAUUCGUCUCGCGGGGUACAACGGAACACCCGGCUUGUUCAUGUCAAAAUUGACGACGCUGAUGCGGUGUUCCCCGUGGUUGCCGAACUAGAGACCAACGGUGAGCGGCGUACGGUACGGUCAAAGUACUUGGUCGGGGCGGAUGGGGCGCACUCGAUGGUGCGCCGGUGCAUGGGCCUGCAGUUGGUCGGCGAGUCGCUGGAUCAUAUCUGGGGUGUCGUUGACCUGGUGGUUGACACGGAUUUCCCGGACAUCCGGCGACGGUGUGCUAUUCAUUCGCCGGCGGGGUCAGUGAUGGUCAUUCCGCGCGAGCGGAUCGCGACGGGGGAUUACCUGACUCGCCUGUAUGUGCAGGUCCCUGAGGAAGGGGCCCCAGAGGAUGAGGAUGUUGAUGAGAACCAGCAGCCGGUAAAUGAGGCAGCCGCGAAGGAAGAUGCGCGAGCUCGCAGAAGCAAAGUGACUUUAGAAAGCAUCUUUCAACAUGCGGCCGAUGCAUUCCAGCCAUACUACAUCCAGCCAAAGAAGGGCGGGGCAGUAGACUGGUGGGCGGCGUACCAGAUCGGUCAACGAGUCUCAGAUCGGUUCACUGUCAAGGAUUCCAAGGGAAUCGAGCGGGUGUUCAUUGUGGGAGAUGCCUGUCAUACACACAGCCCAAAGGCUGGCCAAGGCAUGAAUGUCUCGAUGAUGGACUCAUACAACCUUGCCUGGAAACUCGCCUACGUGGUCAACGGGCUCACCCCGGGCUCAACAAACCCCCCAGCUCCAGAUCCCAUCCUCGCAACCUACCACUCAGAACGCCACACCAUCGCUCACCAGCUCAUCGAGUUCGACCGCGCCUUCUCCUCCAUGUUCUCCGGCAAGAUAGGCAACGGCGAAGACAGCCUCCCCGGACUUACCCACGACCAGUUCCUCGAGGUCUUCAGCACAGGCAACGGCUUCACCAGCGGUUGUGGAAUUGAAUAUCCGGAGAGCCUGAUCGUACAACAACAGCAACAGCAACAACAAACAAAACCAAAAAGUACCAUAGCUGCAGCUGCAGCUACCACUCCUAGAAACCCGAUCCAAGGCACCGACUACCUUAGCGGCAUUCUGCGCCCCGGCCGAAGACUACUAAACGUGACUUACAAGCGUCACGCAGAUGGAAACAGACGAAACUUGCAUGAUGACUUCCUCUCGACCGGCCGCUUCCGCCUCCUCGUCCUAACCUCUGUCGACCUUCUCAACCCCAAAGGCACUUCCGCACAAACUCUACGGGUCCUCGGCUCGCAGGUCCUCCCCAAGUACCCAACCUCCGCGAUUGAGCAAGUCGUCAUCCACCCGCGCCUAUCCCGGGACUUCACGUGGCGGGAUACGCCCGAGGAGCUGAAGCGGCAUUCCGAGAUGCGGUUCUACAGUGGCUAUGAACUGGAUGAUGUAUAUACCAUCUACGGGGUGGAUCCGGCGCAUGGGGCGGUGGCCGUGGUUCGGCCGGACGGGUACGUGGGGGUGGUGGCUACGCUGGGGGAUGUGACACCGGUGGAUGCGUUCUUGGAAGAGUGUUUGGUACGAGUUUAG